AUUCGUAUAGUUUUGACUAUCGCCACGGUACGACAAUGGCCUCUUCGUCAACUCGACGUCAAAAAUGCCUUUCUUCAUGGACGACUCAAAGAAACAAUAUAUAUGCAGCAACCUCCCGGAUUUGAGGACUCUACUGGUACAAAUCAUGUUUGUCUGCUCCAAAGGGCGAUCUAUGGAUUGAAGCAGGCUCCGAAGGCAUGGUUUCAGAGGUUUAACGAAGUACUUCUUCACCUAGGAUUCUUAGGAAGCCAUGCUGAUUCCUCCUUAUUUGUCCUUCGUCGUCAAGGUGAUAUUAUUAUACUACUUUUGUAUGUAGAUGAUAUCGUUAUCACCGGAAGCAAUCCCAAUCUUUUGCAGUCUCUUAUCUCUCAACUAAGUGUGCAGUUUGCUCUUAAAGACAUGGGCAAUCUGCAUUUCUUCCUGGGGAUUGAAGUCAUCCGAUAUGUUGAUGGACUUUAUCUUAGCCGGAAAAAGUAUGCACAAAAUAUUCUUCAAAGGACCAUGAUGCAUUGUGCUAGAGCAAUUCACACACAAUUAUCUCAAAAAUGUGAUAUUCAUACAGAUGGUGGAUCUCCAGUUGAUGCAUCCAACUAUAGAAGUACGGUUGGCGCUCUUCAAUAUCUUACUUUGACGCGUCCUGAUCUUACUCAUGCUGUCAAUCAAGUUUGUCAAUUUAUGGAAGCCCCUACAACUACACAAUGGCAAGGGGUCAAGCAUAUCCUUCGCUAUCUAGCUGGAACUGUGAACUUUGGGCUUCGCAUUACAUCCAAAUCCUCGUUGAAGGUUGUUGGCUUUUCCGAUGCCGACUGGGCAGGUUGUGCUGUCACUCGUCGAUCAACCACAGGCCUUUGUGUUUUCUUAGGUGCGAACUGCAUCUCUUGGUCAUCCAAGAAGCAACAUACAAUUGCAAAAUCCAGCGCUGAAGCCGAGUAUCGUGCACUUGCCUCUCUUGCAGCUGAAAUCACAUGGAUUCUCCAUUUGUUGAGACAUCUUGGUGUAUCACUUGACUCUCCACCAGUACUUUUCUCAGAUAACAUUAGUGCCCUGCACCUUACCAGCAAUCCAAUUCUCCAUGCUCGGACGAAACACGUCGAAUUAGAUUAUCACUUUGUUCGAGAAAAAGUUACAGCCGGAACAAUGGUUACCAGAUAUGUUCCUUCCCAGACUCAAGUAGCUGACAUUUUCACGAAAGCAUUGUCCAAGCAGCAAUAUCAAUUCUUACGGAGAAAGCUUAGAGUUGUGUCACUGCCAACGUCCCGCUUGAGGGGGGAUGAAAGUGAGUUCACCAAGGAUUAGGAAUCCUACGUGGACAAGUAUAGGAAUUGUAUCAUGUAUAGGUAUCUACAGUUAGCCUAACUUCUAUAGGAGAAGAGUCCUACAUUGUAUAUUAGACCAAGAGGUCUUAUAUUAUAAAAACAGAGGAGAACAAUCCGUAUAGGGUGCAUUGACAGAGAUAUUAACAAUGCUUUGUUCUUUCUCUCAAGUUUAACUGUUGUAAAUCUUCUUCAUUUUCCACUACUUUCGAAAGAAAGGCAAUUAUGACAAAAGGACCAAUUACAAAUUCACCAUUGUGGACUGUCUCUUCAAGCAGAAAGUUGAUGUUGUCUAUAGCGCCUUUCUCAACCUUGAUACUCAAACCAAUGUGGCUAAUGAAGAGCAAGUUUUGUGCGAGUACGUGAAGGGGCACAGGCUUCUUGCAAAUGUCCCGUGGCAUACGGUUGACAAUAUUCUUAUAUCAGUCAACAUAAAAGAAGAAAAUCAUUGAUUAUUGGUUGUGCUUUCAUUCAAGGACAAGUAAUUUUAUAUCUAUAUUUUUUUAAGAUAAGAAUAUACUGAUUUUGCUGGAUGCCUUUUGUUGGAUGCCUUUUGACUUAAUAUACUAAUUUCUUUUUGUAUGUAUAUAUUUUGUGUGUUUUUGUUACGGACAAGCGUCUUUAUGUCUACAACUCAUAUCAAGCAGCAGGGCAUAAUGCAGUUGUUAGGGAUGAAAUACACAAACUUGCUACACUUCUGCCAUAUUUCCUACAUAUUGGUGGAUUCUAUGUAGACCAAAAAGGCAUAGAUUUGAUCAAAGACUCAGCUUAUGCAGAUAAGGCACAGAUUGAUAUUCUUGAAGUAGUCUAUGUUGAAAAUCUGCCUCAGCAAGCCGUUGGUAGCAUGGAUUGUGGUGUUUACGUAGCAGCAUUUGCUGAGUAUUUGAGCUCGGGUGAAGGGGUUCCAGCUACAGAUGACGCAACGAUGAUGCGUAUGAGAUAUGGUGCACUCUUAUGGGACUAUGUGGAACGGAAGGUAGCAGACAAUGCCCAGAGCGAUAACGAGGUGCCACCAAGACCAGUUAGGCCAGCCAUAGAUUAUGACACAAUUGAUGCAAUUGAUGUUUGAUUCGUACUGAUUGUAACUUUGGAUUAAAGACCAGAUUGUGACUGUUUUUUAGAGUACCUUUUUUGCCACAGAUUUGAAGUUUUUAGAUGUAUUUUUCCUAUGUUGGAUUAUCAUAUUAUCAAUUGUAUCCGCCUAC